CAGGGAUACAAAAUAAAGGAGGGAGAACGAGGCGAAAUGAUGCGCAUCGGAGGUGUGUGAGCCAAUGCGAUUUGGUCAAGCGUUAAUUAGUAUUUAUAGUCACACGAAAAUAAGCUAGUCAUGUGAUUAGUAGGACAUGAUAUACACACACGCUCAUAUAAAAAGUCAGGAUUGAUAAGUGAAUAAUUAACAAGGUCAAAACGUGACUCAAAAGGAAUGGAUAAAUUUGCCUGUCCAGAAGCUAGGAUAAAUUUUUGUGGGCUUAACAUAGUAACCGACACGACAUGGGCAGUAGGGAUGGAAACUAUAGCAUGCUCUGCUGAUCUCAGUUGGCCUACUAGUCAGCUCGGUAAUCUGGUCCCAUUCGGAGCUAAUGAUACCACUGGUAAAAAUGUCACAUCAACAAGUAGUAUAGAGCAUCCAGGACGUUCUGGUGGUCCUGGUGUAGUGCCAUUAAGAUUAACACAUUUAGUAAGAGAUUUAACAUUACCAGAUGUGACUGGUUGUUGUUUUGAGUUACACAGUUCAGAUGGUCGACGUUCAUGUCUACUCCGUGCACCAGAUGCUCAAGAAGCUCGAAUGUGGUUUGAUGCAAUACACAGUAAAAUGAAAAUUAUAAAUAAAUCUUAUUUGGCUGAACUAAAUCGUCUACUUCCCCCAACCCAAGCUUUGAUUCAACUAAUUCCAUCUCCGAAAGUGGUCAUGACUGAGUCGUUAUAUCAACUGGAAUAAGUAGUUAUAUGAUUAACUAUAUAUCUCCUACAAACUAUUACAAAGUGAAAUGGACGCUUCUCAUCAAAAUACUGUUACGAAAUCAACCAUUGAAUCAAACCGUUCAUAUCUGCUUCGUAUCUGCAGAUAUUUAAAUUACCGUUCGAAUACACUUGUCUUAUGAUUUUCUGUGAGUUUUCCAAACACAGUUGCAGUACAUAUGUAACAAGGCGUUUGUGAAGAUGGAAAUCCUCCCAUACUAUUAAUCACUGCUUUUGUAAACAGGAUGGAAUUGUGAAUUAUCUCAGCCUAGAACAAAACGCUGUAAGCUUAAAGUAAAAACUAGAAAUCGUUCACCAUGUAUUCACAGUAGAUGUCCUUAUAAGUUCGGUAUUAGACCUAAGACUGUCUUCUAGUUAUUUUACACGUUUUGGACCAGUUUAGAAAAACAUCGAAACAUCUUUAAUGCUUAUCAAUUUACGAUUAUCCAUGGGACUUUCUUCCAUUAUUUAAUCGCUGAAUGUCACUCACAAACAUCAUAGCUCAGUGUGCGUGUCAUUCGCUCUAGCUCCACAUACUGGUAAUAUCAUUGUUGAGUAAAUAUCAACGAGAAAGGUGUAGAAGAUUGAAAGGCCGACCGAUUCUUUCAGGAUGAAAUUUUGUUUUUG